CAUUUUCCAAUUUCCUCUUUUUUGUUUUUUUUCAAUAAAAGCCUUCUCAUUUUCUCUGCCUGUCCUCCUUUUCUUCUUCACUGUGUUGUCAGCCUUCUUCUCCUCCCUUGAGCGAUUCUCCUGCGCCAACCUCACCACCGGCGACGAAGAAAAAGAAGGAGAAGGCGGCUCCCAAGACGUAGUCAAGGACUCUUGUCUGACCGUAACCGACCAGUCUCAGUCACAGACCAAAGACGACUAAAACGACAUCGCCAAGCUUCCCAUUUGAAUUGGUUUCGUUUCAGUUAAAGAGAGAUGCAGUAAUUGGUUUCUUUAUUCUGGCGGAUUUGAAAGAUGCAGAAAUUGGGCGAUUUUAAGCUACCUCACUUCUUCAAUUACCCACCUUACUUCACUUUGCAGCCAGUAAGGGAUAUCCGUGAAAAGCAAAUACAGCUUUGGAAGGAACUUAUUCUAGAGUACUGUAGAUUCCAAAAGAUAUUUGUGAUUGGGUUGGAAGAAGAUUUUCCUUUAUUCUCAAAUGCUGAAAUUGAAAGAUUUCUCAGUCAUGAAGCCAGGGAAGCCUUCCUCUCAGCUUUAGUUUCAGAAGGACGUGCAGAAUGGUUAGAUAAAGGACAUAGGAAGUGUCUUAUUCUCUGGCAUCGAAUCCAAGAGUGGGCUGACAUUGUUCUUAACUUUGUGAAAGAUAAUGGGCUUGAGGACUCAGUUACGACCAUUGAGGAAAUACGUUCAGGGAUUGAGUCGAGAGGAACAGAGCUGCAUGGUAUUGACCACACAAUUCUGAUGCGGGCUUUGAAACUACUAGAGCAGAAAGGAAAGCUUGCCAUCUUCAAGGGGUCUUCAGCUGAUGAUGAGGGCGUAAAAUUCUCCAUAUAAUCAUUUCAUCCAGGUGACAUGUUGGUUUUUCUACAACUGCUUUGGAUACCUGAUAUAUCUUGAGCAUUGUAAGAGUGUUUGUUGGCCAAAUUUGAUUGCUGCUACUAAUGGCUUAACUCUGUGUAGGCAUUCAUUUGUGUAUUAAACUGGGACAGUUUCUCUCUUCUAGUUUUCUGUUCCGGGUCUUGUAAAUUUGGUUGAGUCUUGCCAUGUUAUGGACUUUUGGUUAUGCUGUAGCAAUGAUUGUUUCCAUCAGUUUAGCUCACUAAUAUACAAUUAAUGGUCCAAUAAUUCUGUUGUAAUUGAGCUUGAUUCGAAUUGGUUGGAUUCUUUUUCUGGAUU